AUGGGCGAACUAACUCCUGAACAGAUUGCCCGCUUGAGGGAACAAAAUCUGGGACCACAACAAUUCGCUAUUGUGGUAGUCUUUACUCUUCUUGCACUCAUUACUGUUUGCCUGAGAGUAUAUACCCGCAUGCGACUUGUUCAUCUUGUUGGGCUGGAAGACUACUUUAUCGUAUUAUCAAUGUGUCUAUCGUUAUGCACGGGUAUCUUCCAAUGCCUGCAGGUGAAAUGGGGCCGAGGAACGCACACAAUGUUCCUUAAGAAAGAGCAAAUAGGAGGUAUGCUCAAAUAUAUAUAUUUGGGCAUCGUUACCUAUAACCUGGGCCUAGCUUUCACGCGAAUUUCUAUCUUGCUUUCAUAUAGACGGAUAUUCACGUCAGAUUGCAUGCGCAUAUCUGUCAAAAUCGCCCUCAGUAUCUGUACUGUAUGGGGUUUUGCGGCUGUUGUAAUAAGGCUGUUCAGCUGUAUUCCAAUCAACGCUCUCUGGGACAUAUCAAAGAAACCCAUAGCAAAGUGCUUUGAUGAGAAAGCCUUCUUUAUUUUAAACGCCGGCAUUAAUAUUGCGACGAACUUAACCGUAGCAAUUCUUCCGAUUAAAGCUAUAUGGAAUCUACGAAUACCUCGAGGGCAAAGGACAGUCUUAGUGGCCAAUCUUAGCAUUGGCUGGUUCAUCUGCAUCGUCUCGGGCAUCCGCCUUCAAGCUUUCCUUCAAGCUUUCAAACACCCACUUGACAGAACCUUCUACGACAGUAUUACUAUAUGUUGGACUGCCAUUGAACUAAAUCUGGCCAUUGCCUGUGCCUGUAUUCCCUCUCUGAAAGCACUGCUCAAAAAGAUUUUGUCUUGA